AUGCUGGAUGACGAAGCCCAAUUCACGACAUUUCUAGCGUCACCAUUCCAACGCCGACGUGUUGUCGUUCGAGGAGACAGCAAGCGGCAAUAUCCUGCUGGCGAAUCACAAUGUCUUCAGAUCCUCCAGUGGGAGGCUGGAGGAAUGUCUCCGGACAAAAUGAUCCAAGUUCAGAAAAUCCUACAAACCUAUGAUGUAGACAUUUUCACAAUUAUGGAAGCUAACAUUUCGGAUGACAAACUGAAGUACUACCAAUUCCCAGGUUACACCCUGUACAAUCUACCUAAAUACCGGCAAGUUGCAAGUGGAAUUCUAACUGGAGUUAAAGAAGGCCUCACCUCACACUACGAUCUAAUCAGGAGUAUGGGCUCGACACAAGACAAAUGUGAAUUAAUCAGAUUAAAUGUUUGGAAAUGUCAAAACCAAUUCAAGAUAUAUGCAGUCUAUAAUCCACACCAGAAUUGUCCCAACUUUGACCUUCUGAACAUCUCACACAAAACUGUAGUAUUAGGCGUCUUCAACGCCCAUUUCACCAGAUGGGGCUACAAGGAUACAAACAUAGCUGGAAAGGAAAUUGAAGACAUGCUAAACAGCAACCCUCUGGAACUUUUUUACAGCAAUGAGGAUCCGGCUACAUAUUUGCACUACAAUGGAACCAGAACAACUCCUGAUUUACUCUUGGCUUCAAGCGACAUCAGUGAGUAUACACGCCGCAAAAUAAUUGACGAUCCUGGUUCUGGUCACAAACCAGUCAUUGCUAGUAUUACCAUCGGCAGCAAAAGCAUGUCAAGGAAAGUGCCAACUAAGCUAUCAUGGAACUUCAAAAAGGCUGACUGGUCUAGAUUCACGAACAUUUUGAACAAUGAACUUCACAAAAGUCCCCUCAACUUCAACCAACAUCCUAACAAACUUUGCGCUGAUAUCACGAAUAUUAUGAUCAGAUGUGCAAAGAAAACUAUUCCCCGAGGCAAGACAAACACUAUCGAUUACGUUAAACUUGUAAUUCUCUAA